CUAGAAUUAUAGGUUAAGGUUGAGAUACUUGGAAGCAAUGGAAGGGGUCAAUUCCACAUAGGCAGUUAGUUAUUCUGUUUCUUUUUCCUUCCUCAGCAGUGUCCUUCAAUGGAUCCAACUCCUCUUUUCAACGACUCCCCAAAGAAUUGGCCGAGACAGAGAAAGAGAGGAUUACUAUUCGUUUUGAGACAGGAAGAUUCAGGAUUUUUCCUUUUGCGCUAGAAUUGGAGUCCACUGAAACAAAUUCAAUUUUGAUUGAUCAGGAAAAUCUCAUUUAGAAGAAGAUCAGAUUUUUGCAAUGCAAAUUUACCCGAAUUUAAUUCAAUCCCAUUUCCCAAAUUCCAUUCUUUCUUUCGAUUUUACCAGAUAGUAAUCGUUGAGUUGAUUCCUUGAGUACCCAUUAAAAUGGUUUGCGAUCCGAACCUCAUCCUCUACACCUGCAUUGCCAAAGGGACCACGAUUCUCGCCAGAUUCACCAGAGAACCCGAUCUUGAACCUUUAGCUAUAAAAUGCAUUGAGAAAUCUCCACCGCACCACUCCAUGUUCUUUCAUACCAUUAGAAGCCGAACCUACACGUUCUUGAUCCAAGACCCGUUUGUGUAUUUUGCUGUAUUCGAUGAGGAUUUGGCACAAUCAGAUGGUCUUUGGUUCCUAAAUCACCUAAAAGACUCUUUCGAGGAGAUUGUCCAAGGCGGGGCUUUAAAAGGAUUAGAUAAUAUUAACGCUCUUUGCCUUCAAAGACAAUGCGAUUCCAUAUUUCGCGGAACAACGACGUCGUUGAAUUUGAGUAUGGUGAAUGUUUCUCCCGGGACUGAACCCAAGGUUAGUCGGAAUACGAGCUUGGACUCGGUCAAAGGGAUGAAGAUGGCCAUUACAACGCUGCUUGGCUCAAAUCAAUGCAAAAGCUUGAAGAAGAAGAAGAAGAAGAAGAUGAAUGGAGAUCAUGCUAAAUUAGGUGACGAUGCAUUGCAGAAUAAGGUGGAUGGCUCUCGUGAUGUUAAUGGUGUGUACAAGGAUUUUUCGUUGCCAGUUCAAAAGGGUUUCGCAAAUGAUAGGCAAAAGGCAAAACAACUUUGGAGAAAACAUAUUUGGGUUGUGUUGUUGCUGGACUUGUUUGCGUGCUUGGUUUUGUUCGUGAUAUGGUUGUGGGUAUGCCAAGGGUUCAAUUGCAUUGCAGGUUGAACCAGGGUGCUUUUUUAAGCUCUCUUUGCUUGUGGCCUGGACUUAUGACAAAGACCUUCACGAGCAGUUGUUGUCUGGUGGGGGACGUAUAAGUGUUGUUGACUGCAUCUAUUGAUUUUGCUUUGGUAAAUCUUUGAUGAAUUUCAAGGCAAGUUUUAUGGGGCUCGUUAUACUGCUCAUUAAUUUUAGCUUCUCUCUUGUAAUGUGUCAAACUGUGUAUAGCUGUAGACAUUACUUGUGCAGGAACUGCAUUUA